UAGCUUGACGCUGCAGACAGCGAGACAGGGAUAUCCGCCGGGAAGCAGACAGACAGAUUGCGUGCUUGAGGAGUGUUUGUCGGGCACAGCGAGGCGAAAACCAUGGGAGUGGAAAUCGAGACAAUCACCCCUGGCGACGGAAGGACUUUCCCCAAAAAAGGGCAGACGUGUGUGGUGCAUUAUGUUGGAUCCCUGACAAACGGACACAUAUUUGACUCAUCCCGCGAUCGGGACAAGCCCUUCAAGUUCAAGAUCGGCAAACAGGAAGUCAUCCGAGGCUGGGAAGAAGGUGUCGUGCAAAUGAGCGUCGGCCAAAGAGCCAAGCUGACCUGCACGUCAGACUACGCCUAUGGAAUCAAAGGUCACCCCGGCAUCAUCCCUCCCAACGCCACCCUCAUCUUUGACGUGGAGCUGCUAGGACUAGAAUGAUUUUAACCAACCUCGUCCACAUUUUUUUGUGUUUGUGUGACUUCCUCCCUGUGACUUGGAGAGAACCAGGAGAGUCUGCACUUGAUUCUAUAAAAGGCUUGAGUCCAUAGUUCCACUACAUUCUUGGUUAUUACUUCAUGUAAAUGUGUCAUUCAUGACUGCUACUGUCCGUCAUAUUCCGCCCCCCCAUCCUGUGUGACAUAACCUCAACGAAGCUAUCUUGUUUUGGAAAGUGCGCUUUACAUCUCUUUGUGUUUUUCUUUGUGCAUGGUUACGCUAAGAAGUGCAAAAAGACCAAUGAACCACUCAGAGUUUACCCUACUUGCUAGCGAGCUGGUGCAUGAAGGGUUUGCAGAUAAAAAGAUAUGAAAAGCACAAUUUGUAUGUUAACCCUUCCAGCUCUCAUGAAAUGUUUGGAUGGCCUCAUGUGUGAGGAGCAUUGGCUUCUAGGAGAACUAACUGUACAUAGUUGGAACAUGUGCCUCAGUGGUGAGCAGACACAUGGCUAGAACCUGUCCCUCUCUGCAUGUUCUCCAGCAGGAACCCCAGUGUACGGAAAGCUUUGCAUCCCAUCUGCAUUACUGUCUGCUUUGUUAACUCACCCUGCCGAGUCUUUAAACCCCAUUUAAAGCCAUACACAGGUCGAACAGUGCAAAGACCGGAUUCGCAACAUACAUUCUUUUCGCCGAGAAAAGAGGAAAUACUUGAAAUUUACACGAUGAAAAGAGCGUUGAGGAGUCAAGCAAAUUGUGCCCUCAAAUUAUUUUGUCUAACAGCUCCAAUCACGUAUUUUUCAGAUGCCAACUUUGUAUCUGUGAGAAGAUUCCGUUGGUUUUUGGUUUUUUUCUGUUUUGUUUUUGUUUCCUCCUGUCAGUGAAGUACCACGCGCUGCCUAUACCUGACGCGUGUGCUGUGGCAGGGCACGCUGACAGAGACAUGAGUGGUUUUCUAUCUCAAAAUAAAGUUUUAAAUGGAGUUUAAAUGAAUGAAAAUGCUAGCCUGACUGUCAGAUGUCGAUCAUGGUUGUUGAUUUUUCAAAUAUUGGCUGAGCUGCAGCUGGUGGCAGCAGUCCUCGUCUGUACUGUGUAGAUAUGUGCUGAUAUGUUAGUGUAUGCAGGCUAAACCAAUGAUGACAUACUGUAUUUAAAAUAAAUGACGUGCUCUCCACCGCCUUCUCUUU